AUGGCUGACCCCAAUUCGACCGUGUCAGAAGCUUCUAGACCUCGCUCUCAACGGAGAUCGUUACUCGACGAUAGGCAGAGCGCAUCAGGCGAGGAUUACUACCAUUACCGCCGUGAAGUUCCUCGCGAAUUAAACAAAGAUUACUACAAGAUGGAUCCUUAUCCUAUGACGCCGCGCGCUGCAAGGUUCCAGCAACCAGCCGACGAUGUAAUUUCAUUUUCCAGGCCAAUGAACAGUACUGGAGAGGGUCGAGCAAGAUUGAGAGCAAGCAAAACUAUAUCUGACUAUGGGGCUUACCCAGAACUCUCGAGCUAUGGAAGUUAUAAUCCUCAUGAUAAUCUCAUGUACAAUGAACGCCCUUACCUGCCAGUUGGUGCGGGAUACGAACCAUACUACUGGGUUCCAGCGCCACCGAUAUAUGAUCACAUUGCACCUGGAGCUAAGACGGAACCAGAGGUGGCUAUGAAUCAAGUGCAAAGUUACUAUAAUAGUGGUGAGGAUUACGACAUUGUCUCAAAUGAUCCAGAAGACGAAGAAUCUGCGGUGCACCAUGUGGUUAAACUGAACUUUCCACAAUCGACCGAUAUCAACAACGAAAUUACACAUCUUUUCAAUGCCCGAAAGAGGGCUUUCACAGACCAGCCAACUUUUGGCUAUGAAAACAAAAUUGAAAAAAAGGAGUACGAAAUCGUGCAAACACAACUGCGAAUUGCAUCGAACGACUUGGAUCAUGAUAUUGCGCUCCUUACGUACGAAGACAAGUCUGAAAAAACUGAUGCGUCUAGACCCAAGCCUGAGACUCGCUGGAUGUAUGUGUAUCCUUUGUUGAAAUUCGCUGCACAGACGUCCCAAGUCUCACAAUAA